AUGAUCCCAGCUUGUUUCAGCCAACCCAACACACCAUCAAGCUCAAGCAUUACUCAAGUGCCUCAAAAUCUGGUAACCUGCAUAUACCAAACUCAUCUUUGCAACUCUCCCACGUACCUUACCCUCACCUGGUCCAGAACCCUUCUCUCUCACUCCUUAACCAUUUACGCCCCACACACCUUCUCCAUUACCAUACCUCUCAAGCCAUCAACUUUUUCAUUCUUCCGAACAAGACCAGGAUCCAAAUCCAUCUACCUCAGCCGGGCCCACAAACAUUCUCGGAAAAUCAAACUUUUCUGGGACUUCGCCGGAGCACAGUUUAGUGCUCAAAACUGUGCUGAGCCAGAAUCAUGCUUCUACCUAGCAAUCUGCUGCAAUGGAAGACUUGAAUUCUUUCUAGGUGAUCUUCUCAUGCAGUUUACGAAUCAUCAACACAGUGUGAGUGAACAAAGUCUUGUGUCAAGGAGAGAACACGUGUUUGGGAGCGAGAGUUACGUGUCAAGAGGUGAGUUCAUGGGUUCCAAACACGAAAUAGAGAUUGAAUUGUGCAAUGGAGAUGUGCUGAGAGUGAAAGUGGAUGGUGAAGUUCACUUGGUGGUGAAAAGGCUGGCAUGGAAAUUCAGAGGGAAUGAGAAAAUCUUCAUUGAUGGCGUUGAAGUAGAGUUCUACUGGGACGUGUUGAGUUGGGUGGUUGAUCAUAGUGAGAAUGGAAAUGGCAAUGGCAAUGGUGUUUUUGUGUUUCAAGUAGGUGACGGUGGCGCCGUGUGGCCUGAAAUGGUGGGUCCAGAGAAGAAGUUGAUGAAGAAGAGGUUGGUGGGACCCAAUAUGUCGCCGGCGAUCAUGACACUGUUACCUUCGCCGUCGAGCUCCGGCGUGUGGCAGUGGACGGAGGAGAGCAGUGAUGGUGGGAGGAGCUCCUGCUCUUCAUCUACCAGAUCGUGUGGGAUUAAUGGUGGGUUCUCUUUGUUGCUCUAUGCUUGGAAGAGAAAUUAG